UGUUAAUUUAUUUUUAUUUUGUUAUAUUUUUGUUUUGCAAAAAAUGACGCUCCAUUCUAAUUAAAUAUUUUUACGAAAGAUUAACUCGACGAAUUCUAUAACUUCAAUUACAGAUUUGAAAAAUAACUUCUAUUGUGGUUAUAUUUUGAGCAGAUAACAUGGCUCAGAUAUUGAAGAAUGUUUGGAGGAAUGUGUUGAGUGGAAGCUCAUUUACUAAAACCCCAUUCAAAGCUACCAAUUUCACAACAAGCUUGUCUGAAGUAGGAUGGGUGAGGAGUACAGAUACAAUAAUGUCAACUAUUAAGUCUGCACCAACACCAGAGAACAUCCUUGCAACAGUUCAGCAACACCUACCUUUAAUGACGCAUAAACACCUUUUGCAAGCUCUACGCAGUCUCUUUGAACUGCAGAAGUCUGGCAAAUUCGAACAAACUGAUGAACUCAUAAAAGAUCCAACAUUCGGUGUACUCUGUCAGAAUGUUAAAAAGCAUGCAAGAGCCCUUGAUGUCAACGAAGCUAUAGAAGCUAUUAAAGUACUCUCAUACCUGAGUGUUCCCGUCGACUCUCUGAUCGUACAAACAAUGCUUCAAUUGAUACGUGCAAACAUAAACCUUAUAAACAUAAGACAGAUUAUGUUCUUAGACUUUCUUCUCGAUCAAUUUGACAGCAAGAAUCAUUUAGUAGAUGUACUAAAGCUAGCAUUACCACUCACUUUCCAAAUACAUUUACCACUAGAAUUAGACAACAAUGACCUACAUCUUCUAAAAGAUAUGCUGAUCUACAGUUGCAAUCACGAUCUACCAGACCGUUGUAUCAACAACAUUGUCACCGGUCUUUUAUUACACGAUCAGAGAAUAGACGCCCAAACUGCCAAAUCUAUAGUCUGGUCUCUCUGCCAAGUUAACUGCACAGAAAAGGUCUUUCCAACUAGAGUUCAAUUAUUGCAUAUUUGCUACGACAUACUAGCGCAAAGGAUGGACCAGUUGCACUAUAAUGAGGUAUUGAGAACUGUCGCCAGGAUCAAGGGUCGAGUUCUGGAGAAGCAUCCAGAGUACUACCAGGAACAGCUGUUAGAUGCAAUUGCUGAUUCCGUUAUCAGGAAUAAUGUAGAGUUUGAGCCUGCAUUGCUAAUCGCUCGGGUGCUGUCUAGAGUUGCACAUACACAUUUAGGUCUAAUGGAGUACCUCUGUAAUUUAGCGUUAAAUGAAGAAAACAACCUUUCCACCGCUCGCACGAAUAUUCUCUUUAGUUUCAUCAACUGCUUGUCUAAUAACAACUUCACACCGGAUCCCGAGCAGUGGGAGGUUAUUCGCAAUAAUAUAUCGGAGAACCCAAUCUUAAGUGCUACCAAUGCAGCAUUGCCGUGGACAAAAGUGUGCCUCGAGCUUGCCUCACUUGAACACUAUGAUGAGAAACUGCUUCAAAAAGUUUUCUCUGAACAGUUUCUGACUGAGUAUCUCGGACGUGAAAAGAACACUUUAGAUUUACUCCAAUUACUUACGUUACAUGAAGCUGUGAAUGCUUUUUAUAGUGAUGAAUAUAAGUUGCCCGAGGAUAUAAUACAAAAGGCAAAGGAUGCAUACCCAGUUCAUGCUGCAACAGAUAAUGUAAUGAACUAUUUAGCUCGAGGUUUGGGUGGCGAGGAAUACGUGGCCAAAAAUGUAGUAUUACCGAGUGGAGUUGUUGCCGAUCUAUUUUUGUCUUUGAAAAACGGCACUCCAGUUAUGAUCCCGAAAGUAAAGCAGGCACAAAAUGAAAAAACGCCAAUUGAAAAACUUAAUCUGCCGAUGGACGCGUUGCCCAUUUGCAUUUUAAUGUUCAACCAAGGUUGCUAUUCAAUGAACAGUAACCGACUGCGCGGUACAUUCCGCUUAGUAUUGGAUACGUUGGAAAAACAAGGCUACGCCGCCAUGUCUAUUAAUGUAUCGGAGUGGAUGAAGACUCCCAGCCACGAACGUACUCCCUACCUCAUGCGGGAAAUUGACUACAAGUGUGGCGAAAUAGGAAUGAAAUUGUCGGCCACUUGAGAACUGCAGAAUUAACAAUUGUGACCAUAUUGCACCAUGGAUUAUGUAGACAAAAUUCUAGUAAAUAUAAAAAAAUCUUUUCUGUUA